AUGAAUGAGUGCCAGAUUGCAGAUGUCUUCCAAGAUGACCUUUUGCAAGCAGGUUGGACGCGUGAAACAUUUCAGUUCUGUGUCACUCGACUGGAGGAUCUUGAUGAUUUUCUGACGGAAACAUUUGCGGAGCCCAUUGCUGGUUUGCCGCUGGCUCGUUUUCGCCUGCUGUGGAACAAGUGCCAGCAGGUUCCAACCGCUCCUGCGCCAUCUGAGGAGCAGGAUACACCUGUGGCGGCUGAAGGCUCGCAGGGUUGGUCAGAGACUUUUGCACCGAGAAUGGCUACGAGCAAGAUCAGAGAAUUGAAGCAAGCCUUUGAAAAGGCUUAUCCUAGCGAAUUGCUCACUGCGGACAACUGUCCUAGCACAAGGCUGCUCAGCUUGGUGUUUAAGCAAGUUUCUGCAAAGGAGUGGCGAUGGAUCCCCUGGAAAUGGCGGCUGUCCAUUACCAAACAUGACGAAGUGGUGCACUCCAGAACUCCCAAGCUCGCCAAGGUGGAGCACUUGCAGUUGCAUGAUCUCAUGUGCGAUGAGCCUCCUGCGCUUGACAUUGCAAACAUGGGAAUGCAUGCGGUCAACACUUCCAUGCAUGUUCACAACUUGGCUAUCGCGAUUUGCCGGGGCGCACAUCUGGCAACACUGAAUACUUACAAAAACCGCUUCAUGCAGUUGCUCAGUGCCAGGUUCGAGCAAUCAUCAGGUCUGCGCGCCCCUAGCCUGCAAGAAGCCCAACAGGCGGAUCAACGCCUUUGGCAACAGGUCGGCGAGUUGGUCACUGACAAGGGAUGGAAGCUGGACGAUGCAAUUUACGAAUUUGCUGUACUCAGGCCCGAUAUGCAAGCGCUGCUGCAGCCUCGUUGCAAACCGGUGAUUCUGGCUCACCCUGGGAAUUCCUUUGCAACUUCGUCGAGUCGGAAAGGUGGCAAGGCUCAGGGCAAGGGAAAGAAAAGCGCCAAAGGGCCUGCGGGGCCCAAACGCCCUGGGCUGAACAGUCAGCAGUGGAUUGCGGAAGUGGUCAAAGAUGGCCGGCGUCACACCUUGUGCAUGCAAUGGAACGCAGGACGCUGCUCCAUGGCGCAAUGCAACUUUCUACAUGCUUGCGCUUACCCCAAGGCAGACGGCGUAGCUUGCGCGGGCUCGCAUGCGGCUCGAGACCAUGCUAGCGCCUCGCACUGA